CCAUAUUUUGUGGAUUUAAAGAGACCGGAGACAAAGAUUGCUCACACAGUGAACUUCUAUCUCAAAGUGGAACCUGGGGUGAUGCUGGGAAUCUGGCACACGGUUCCCUGCUGCCGGUGGGAAGAGGCUAAGGGGAAGGACCGUUGCUGGUAUGAAGCGGCCCUUGGUGACGGCAACCCAGUUGUGGUUUGUCUCCACGGCAGUGCUGAAACCAGGGCAGUCCCUCAUCGAAUCAAGCUAGCAAAGGUACGUCUGAAGAGGCCUCAAGGGUUUGCAGACUCCACAGGUAAGCCCACAGAGGAGGGACUGACCACGGAUGCAGUUUGUGUCUAUGAGUGGACAAAGACAAAAUGUGGCACCAUCCCCGUAUGUCUCUGGGGCCAUUCUCUGGGAACAGGAGUUGCUACCAAUGCCGCAAGAGUACUAGAAGAGAAAGGAUGCCCAGUCGACGCAAUUGUCCUGGAAGCUCCAUUUCUCAACAUAUGGGAUGCAAUGAUCAAUUAUCCCUUGUUCAAAGUCUACCGCAAAUUUCCGAGGUGUGUACGCCUGCUGAUGGAUUCCCUGAAAGAAAACAAGCUCGUCUUCUCUAACGACGAAAAUGUGAAGUGCCUGUCUUCUCCCCUUCUCAUCCUACAAGGAGAGGACGACAAGAUCGUGCCUUUGGAAUGUGCAAAAAAGCUCUACGAAAUGGCAUACAAUGCAUACAGAGAUAAAGAGAGGGUCAAGAUGGUGAUCUUCCCUCCCGGUUACAAGCACAACUUGCUUUGUAAGAGCCCCACACUACUGAUAACUGUGAGGGAUUUCCUGAGCAAGCAGUGGGCCUGAGGCGAUGGUCCAAGAACAACAGCAAUCUUCAACGAAGACUUGGGCCUAAAGGCCACCGGUGAUGUACAUCUGUUGAUGCAACUUUUUACUGGGUGGCUUGGAUGAAGUUGACAUUCCCACCAUGUCACUUACCAUUUUAAUAAGGGACAAGCAUGCAUAUGACAUAUUUAGCCUACCAGAGUCCACUUUGUGACACUCGCUGCUGCAACUUUCCUGUGGAAAAUCAGGACUUGCUGUGAAGUUCAGAACCUAGUUAUAGAUAAGUACUUGGCAGAACAUUCUAGGGAUCUUUGUGCAUGAGGCGGUCUCGGACACAGACGCAGACAGAAAAGGAUAAGAAAGAGGCUCCAGUGUAUGUAGGUCAUUUGCAUUUUACUUAGUUACUUUCAAUGACAUUAAAAUGACAUUAAAAUGUUCCACGCAAUUUUCUAGCUAUCUGACAAACUCCAGGGAAGGUAGCAACAUGCUGCCUAAUCUCCUUAAAAAUCUCAAGUUUUGGCCCUCAAGCAGCCCUUGAA